GUAGACCCCGGAAUGUAAACAUUGGGACAACGUCGGUACAAUUCAAAACUGCACUGUCUUUCGCCAUCUACCAAUCUCAAAUCCGACAAAAGAGAAUAGAGACAAUUGAAAUAUACAUAUAAGAUCAAAAUGUCUACCGCAUUUGAGUCCUCUCUUUCUUCGAGCUUGAACGGCCGCCUGAGCCUGAGUGGCCGCCCGACAAUGUCCACGAUGGCACCCUCCAUGGCCGACCAGCUCCCCAGCGUAAACUUCGGCUUUGAUGAACUACGUGAUCGCAUGGCCAAGUUUACGGCGAAAUUCGACGCCUUCAUCGAACAAGGCCGAAAACGAGCACUAGAAGAGCAUAAUCAAUUCCGCAUGAAUCUAGCUGAGUUACAAGAGGACCAGCGAAUGAAGAGAAAAGAUAUGGAGAUUGUGCAGCACAAGAUCAACACACACCAACAGAUGCGAUCGAAAGAAGACGUCGAGCGCCGGGAAAUGGAAAGCGCAAUUGGGUCUCUCACAACACAGCGGGACGCAAACCUGUCGGCAAGAGAUAAUCUGAAGAAGCAGAUCGCAGAGGCGCAGAAGGAGAUCGACGCGCGGCUGGCGGCUCAGCGCGCGCAUGCAGCGCGUAUUGAUUCGCAGCGCCGGUUCAACGUGCCGGAGCUAGACUUCUGGGUGACGAAUCUGUGUCUGCGAAUCGAGGGCGCAGGGCAGAACGACCGACUCAAGUUCGUGUACACGCACGUCGACGAGCGCGAUUGGGAGCGUGAAGCCUGGUUCGAGCUCAACACGGCUUCGCGCGACUAUGAAAUUAAGCACUGCAGGCCGAAAUUGGAACGUGAGAAGAUUGAGCGCGUCCUCGAACGCGUUAAUGAGUCUAGGGAGCUGCCUUCGUUGCUGAAGGGGAUGAGGGAGCUCUUUGUAGAGGCUAUGAAGUCAUGAUUCCUACGGUCACGAUCGUUGGAUUAACUACGAAUUGUAUUUGUUGCGGUUGGGCUUGGAGUACGGAGUUUUGCAGCGAAUGGACGCCCUUGGGGGUCAACUCAGUGGAUUAUUAUGACGGAGAGACAUGACAUAUACCCAAAAUUUUACAUUCUUCAUUAUUUCAUCUGAAAAA